UCAGCCAGUUUGACUUUUCGAGUUUGGCAUAACCUCAACGUGUAUUGUGUGUGCACCGAUUGUGUGAAGUACACAUUUCAAUUGCGAUUUUCGUGGGCAUAUUGCAGCGUUUUUUCACAAUAACAGUGCUUUUGACGCAUAGAAAAUGGUUAAGGCAAAAAAAGGCAAGAAAGAGGUAGUGUCCGGCGACGAAAUGGACUCGAAUGUCGAUGUCAAGCCGGCAGCUAUCUCGGACGAUGACGAAGGAAUCUCGGCGUCCCAGAAGAAGGGGAAGAAGGACAAGAAGAAAGCCGGCGGCGGCAAGAAGGCUACUGUUGAUGUGGCCGAGUCCAGUGACGAGGAGGAGCUGGCCAAGGGCGUGAAGAAGCUCGCUGUCAGCGGCAAGCAGAAAUCCAAGUCGCCGGCGUCCGAUGAUGACGAGGAUGCGGAGGAGAAACCUGCCAAGAAGAAGGGUGGAAAGAAGGCAGCCCCUAAGAAGAGCGGUUUCGAACUCCUUAUGGCCGAAGAUGAUGAUGCCGAAGUUCCUGAGCCACAACCAGAACCAGAAGACCAGGAUGAAGACGACGCGCCCAAGAAAGCAGCUGCGAAAAAUGCCGACAAAGGCAAGGCUGCCAAGAAGGGCAAGAAGAGCAAGAAGAAGAAAGACGACAGUGACGAGGACUUGGAUAAAGUUCUGGCCGAACUGGAGAUGGAGUACUCCGGCGUGAAUAAGCCAGAAUCUGAAGCGCCGGCCGCUGAAGAACAACCUGAACCAGAACCAGAAGCUGAUAAAAAGGCUAAGAAGGGGAAGAAGAAGCAACAGCAACAAGAACCGUCGGAAGCUGGAGACAACGACGCACAAGAAGAUGGUGGCGAUGAAGGAGAAGGUACCGUGAAGACGGCAGCUCAGAAAAAGAAGGAAAAGAAGGAAAGGCAGAAGCGAGAAGCUGCCUUGGCCAAGCAGAAGCAAGCAGCACAACCUAAGGCUCAAAAGGAAGAACCACCAGCAGCUGCAGAAGAAGCAGAGGUUGAGGCUCCCGCAAAGGAGGAAACUCCAGUAAGGCAGGCUAGCGAGGAGGCAGCUGGCGAUGAGCAAGGCGAGGGAGCUGAUGCGAAGAAGGGCAAGAAGAAGAAGGAUAAAGGCAAAAAGGAUAAGGACAAGGAUGAAGAUGAAAAGGACAAGAAGAAAAGUGGACCGAGCAAAGCGAUGGUAGCUGCAAUGCAGGAGCGUCUGAAAAAACUAAAGGAGGAGGAAGAACGACUUCGUAGAGAGGAAGAAGAAAAGAUCCAACGAGAGGAAGAAUUGGAGAGAUUACGAUUAGAAAAGAUUCAACAAGAGAAAGAUCGUAAAGAAAAGAAAAAGCAGAAAGAAUUGGAACGUAAAGCUAGACUUAAAGCUGAAGGAAAGCUCCUAACUAAGAAACAAAAAGAAGAUCGCGCCCGUGCCCAGGCUAUGCUUGAAGCCCUUAAAGCACAAGGUAUUGAUAUUCCAGAUCCAGCAGAAAGAAAACCUCGUCCAGGCACACGUAUCCGUCCUAAUAAGAAAAAGGAUCAAAAGGACAAACAAGACGGCGAAGAUACUCGAACUGCAGAAGAAAAGGCCCAGGAAGAGCAAGCCAAGGCUGCCGAAGCAGAAGGAAAAAAUGAGGGUGACGAUGUCAAAGAUGCCUGGGAUGCAACUUCCUCAGAAGAGGAAGAAGACGAUUCUCAGGAAAGCAACCAACAAUCGGCCGAUGCCAAACAAAAAGAACAAGAUGAUUCCGAUAGCGAAGAAGAGUCAGAUGAGGAAGAAAGUUCCGAUGAAGAUGAAGAAAGCGUUGAGGACAAGCGAAACGACGAUGAGGCAAGACGAGAACGAGCAAUGCUACGAAUUGAAAAGAGACGAAUCGAAUCCGAGAAAAAUCGAACUUUGGAGAAUUUGCGAGCGGCUGUGGUUUGCGUAUUGGGUCACGUAGAUACCGGUAAAACGAAGAUUCUAGACAAGUUGCGGCGAACACACGUACAAGAUUCAGAAGCUGGAGGUAUUACUCAGCAGAUUGGCGCAACGAAUGUUCCGAUCGAUGCAGUUAAGGAGAAUACUAGAAUGGUUAAAGGCACGUCUGAUUUCGAAUUCAAAUUGCCGGGCUUACUGAUUAUCGAUACACCCGGGCACGAGUCGUUUAGUAACUUACGUAAUCGUGGCUCAUCUCUUUGUGAUAUUGCAAUUCUCGUAGUCGACAUUAUGCACGGUCUUGAGCCGCAAACUAUUGAAUCUAUUAACCUUUUGAAAGCCAAGAAGACGCCAUUUGUUGUCGCUUUGAACAAAAUCGAUCGAUUAUAUGACUGGGAAACGAUGCCAAGAAAGGAUGUUCGCGAUAUACUUAAACUCCAACAACAGAAUACCCAACUUGAAUUCCAACAACGAACAAAAGAAGUUAUUGUACAGUUCGCCGAACAAGGACUGAAUGCAGCGCUGUUCUAUGACAAUCCAGAUCCCCGUUCUUACGUUUCUCUGGUACCCACUAGUGCCAUUACCGGGGAGGGUAUGGGUAACUUGCUCUAUUUGAUUGUCGAGUCCUGUCAAUCGAUGCUGGCCAAGCGGUUGAUGUACAGUGAUGAGUUGCAAGCGACCGUGCUCGAAGUUAAAGCUAUCCCUGGCUUAGGUACAACUAUUGAUGCAAUCCUGAUCAAUGGCAAAUUGAGAGAAGGUGAAACGAUCAUUGUUGCUGGCACAGAUGGUCCGAUUGUAACACAAAUUCGAUCACUUCUAAUGCCACAGCCCCUGAAGGAAUUGCGAGUUAAGAACGCCUACAUUGAAUACAAAGAAGUAAAGGCCGCUCAAGGUGUCAAAAUUGCAGCUAAAGACCUAGAGAAGGCUAUUGCUGGCAUUAAUUUGUUGGUUGCUCAUAAGCCUGAUGAAGUUGAUAUUUGUCGGGACGAGGUAGCCCGCGAGCUCAAACAUGCUCUUAGUCAUAUUAAAUUGAAUGAACGUGGUGUUUACGUUCAAGCAUCAACUCUAGGAUCGUUGGAGGCCCUUUUGGACUUCUUGAGAAGUUCCAAAAUUCCGUAUUCGGCAAUUCGUAUCGGUCCAGUGGUUAAGCGGGAUGUUAUGAAGGCAUCAAUUAUGCUCGAGCAUGAGUCACAAUACGCAACAAUUUUAGCUUUCGAUGUCAAGGUAGAACGUGAUGCUCAGGAAUUAGCUGAUUCGGUUGGAGUGAAAAUUUUCCAAGCUGACAUUAUUUAUCACUUAUUCGAUAAGUUCAUGGCAUAUCGGGAAGAACUGAAGCAAAAGAAACGAGAUGAAUUCAAGAGUAUCGCUGUAUUCCCGUGCAAACUAAAGAUACUGCCACAGUUUGUAUUUAACUCAAGAGAUCCAAUUGUUAUGGGUGUCAUGGUAGAGAAUGGAAUUGUUAAGGAAGGAACUCCUAUUUGUGUGCCAAGUAAAGAGUUUGUCGAUAUCGGCAUUGUGACGUCAAUUGAAUCAAAUCAUAAGCAAAUUGAGUCCGCUCGUAAAGGACAAGAGAUUUGUAUCAAAAUCGAACCUAUUCCAGGAGAAUCACCGAAAAUGUUUGGUCGGCACUUCGAUGAGACUGAUAUGCUCGUGAGCAAGAUCUCUCGUCAAAGUAUCGAUGCUUGCAAGGACUAUUUCCGCGAUGAUUUGAUUAAGGCUGACUGGGCUCUCAUGGUUGAACUGAAGAAACUAUUCCAGAUUUUGUAGCCAUUCUGCAUAAUAUCCGUGUACUACAAUGACAGAAUUUUAGAAACUUUCAGUAUCUUACAUGCAUACAUCUGUAGUGAAAACUUCAAAUCUUUAAUCUUUUCCUAGUUUCGUUUAUCUUUUUUUCUACUCCUGCCAUGAUUAAUUCUCAAAUUGAAGCGAAAGAUACAUAUGUUUCCUAUCAAAAGAUAAGUUGUGUGUCCCUCAGUCAUUUACUUGUAUCUAUUUAGUUAUUUAUUGCAAAUAAUCAUGCUCGAAACAAAUUUUCUACUAUUUCAAUUUGUAUUUGCCAUUUUAAUCAAGCUUUCAAUUAUUUUUGGAUGUAAUUAUUUUCUUUGUGAUUUGGGUCGUCCUGCGAUUGACUGAUAUCUAGUUUUUUGAAUUGCAAUUCAAAAUAAUUAUUCACAAAUCAAAACUUGCUGUUUAAUUGUAUUUAAUGAUUCCUUGAUUGGGAAGUGUCUGUAAAUAUCGGAAUUUAUUGUUUUAUCAUUUUUAAUUUGUCAUUGUACGCAUAGUAUACGCAAUAAACAUGAAAGAAUGAUCGAGACUUAUCUAAGCGGAAAAUGUAAACGGUAAAGUACAGGCUGAUUAUGAAAUCAACUCAUAAACUAUUUGAUAUAUACAUAAUUUUUUCUAUAUCUUCGUUUUGUCAAUUUUUUGAAAUUUUAUGUGAAUAAAUACAAAAAAUACUGAACCUGAC